AUGACUCACCUCUUCAAGACCGGACCCAUGACCGCCCCGGUUGACAGAGCGCUCAGGCAUGACAGAAGGGUGAAGGUGCACCCGGACCUGUUCAAAGGUCGCACGGUGGGUCUCGAAGCUGCAGGCUAUGUGCGUGGAGAGAACAGCAAGAGGGAGCGCAGCUACAAUCCGUUGCUGGGCCGAUUCUUGGACCAACACCGAGAACGAGAGCAGCAGGACUUUGAGGAGAAGGUUGAGGUCGACAAGGGAAUCUUGAGAAGACGCCUAGUCCGACGCAUAGGAAAAGAGGCUCCCUACGACCUCAUCACACAUGAAAGGCUGAUGAUUUUGGGUGGUGGGGAUGGGGCCCAGCCACAGCGCGGAGAUUAUGAACAAGAGACUUCCAACCUGGACUACAACGGCUGCAGGAAGUUUGAGGCUUUGGUCCCUGAAGCGCUGGACCCAGCGAAGCCCAAGGACUUGAAAUGUCCCGUUCCGGACACCGGGGUGGAUUACAACAUCAUCUCCAACCUGCGCUUCGACGCGCACCACUGGGCCCAUCCACAGAAACGGCCGAUCCCAAAAGAUCGGGUGCCCAAAGCGCGGAUGGUUCCAGCCUUGCUCCAUAAGGAUUUUAACAUUUUGACCAACCGCUACCUCGAACACCACGAGGAGAAGGUCGAGCGGGAUCGCGAGCUGAACCUUCUGGAAGCUGCGGAAAAGAUGCGCCAGCAACCCUUCAAUCCGCUGUCGCAAAAGUUCUGUGAUGCGCGGCUCGAAGAACGAAUGAGAGCUUGUCAAGAUGCCCUCACCACUGAAGUGAAGCUUCGAAACGAGGAGGCGCAGCCCUUGUCCUACCGUGGCAACAUCACCAAUUGCUAUGACAUGCUGAGUCACCAGGUGAAGGAUCCAGAACUCAUGGAUUACAUCAAGCAGUCUGAAGGGGGACGCAAGGUGCGCUACAAGACCCGCUUCAGAUUCGAGGAGGAUGUGCGCCAUGCUGACGUGAAGCAGGAGGAUCGUGUGAAGCGAAUGAAGCCUUUGCAGGUCAUGGCGCGGCGGGCGGAUCUGUAG